AAAUGACGAGAGGUUUCAGUGGGCUGUGGUGCAACGUCAGUAACCUAAAUUCCAGCAGGAGAGGAUUGCAGCCUGAGCCCGGGAGCGGCAGUGGGUGAUCGGAUCGUGGGGAGCAGCCAGCCGCCGACCAUGGGGAAGAUCGAGUGGGCCAUGUGGGCAAACGAGCAGGCAUUAGCCGCCGGCCUCAUUCUGUUGAUCGGCGGUGUAGUGGGAGUGGCCGGGCAGUUUAAAGGCUGGGAGUUUGCAGCGUAUGGCAUUGCUGCAGGAGUUUUCGUAAUGUUACUGGAAUAUCCCAGAGGGAAGAGGAGGAAGGGCACGACCAUGGAGAGACCGGGUCAGCGCUUUCUGGCAGCUGUUGUCAGUUUGUUUGGACCUUUGACCCGGAAUUACUACAUCCGUGCUAUUCUCCAUGCAUGCGUCGCUGUGCCUGGAGGAUUUAUAUUACCCACGGUUCUGGGCACUGUAAACCUUGGCAUUGCCAGUCUCAUUUAUCUUCUUGCUGCUGUACGAAAAGAGGAAUGGAGCCCCAUCCAGUCACAACAGUCUAAAAAUUUACAGGCUGGAAAAAGUAUUCAUCAGCCGCCCACAAACCCUCCACCUCGGCCACCUGUUGACCAGCGAAGGAAACUAGUGGAUGAUGCAGCAGCUGCAACUGUCUACGGUGGUGCCACAUCAACUCUCAACUGAGAUUCUUUCCAUCCAUGGAGUUACUACUGUAAUGGCUAUGCUGUUUUUUAAAUGAUCUUAUUGUAAGGCACUGUAAAUUUAAGGAGCUAUGUAAGAUCAAAUUGUGAUGAAAAGAAAUAAGAACUGAUGUUUUUCUGCUAUGCUUUUUUUUUACAUUUGAAUUGAUUUGUUACAAUGAGAAUAAUGUGUUCUUAUUCAUCAAAUGUUACUCUUUGUAGAAUACUGUUACCUAAAAUGUUCCUGUUGUUUUAUCUAGAGUGUACUUACAAAUAUUUUUACAGUAUUUUGAGUCAGUUCCUCAUAAAAUACUAAUAAAGCAAUUGAUUUAUAGAUGU